UUAUCCAUUACCCAUUACUCAAGUAGCUCAACUUCGCUUUUUGAAAGAUCGCAGAGCGCACUAGACACAGUCUUCCACCAUUCCGUCCAAAUAGCACACAUACGCAGGCGAUUAUCUACAUUGUCACUAGCUGAGAUGUCUGCUCCCGGGGCUGGUCAUGAGUUUGCUCCCCAGGAAGUCUCCUGGCAGAAGCGCGAUAUUCUCCUGUUUGCUAACAGCAUUGGCUGCAAAGCUGAUGAGCUUCACUUUCUUUACGAACUACACCCCAGAUUCGCGGUCUUUCCAACCUACCCGGUUAUCCUUCCAUUUAAGCUCACUGAUCAGGAAGUGGUUGACUUCUAUGCUCGGGCAGGCGGUGCCCCUAUCCCCGGAGCCCCCAAGCUCGACUACCGCCGUGUCGUGGAUGGUCAGCGGCGAAUCAUCGCCCUGAAGCCUCUUCCAACAUCCAGCGCAGGUCGAAAAUUCGAGUUGCGCAACAAAGUCAUUGGACUUUAUGAUAAGGGCAAGGCCGGGACUGUGCUGGAGACAGAACAGUCGAUUGUCGACCAGGCCACUGGAGACAUCUUUACGAAGAUCCUGAGCAGCAGCUUCUUUGUCGGACAGGGCGGCUGGGGAGGUCCAAAGGGCCCAAGCACGGUGAAUUACCCUCCUCCGAAGGGUAAAAGUCCCGACGCCACCCAUGUGAUCCAGACGACGUCCGAAACGGCUCUCUUAUAUCGUCUCAAUGGUGAUUAUAAUCCUCUCCAUGCAACUCCCGAGCCGGGCGCGAAGAUGGGUUUCGGUGGUACCAUCAUCCAUGGACUCUUCAGCUGGAACGCCGCAGCCCAUGGUGUAUUGAGAGAAAUUGGACAGAGCGACCCAGAAAACCUGAAAGAGUUCCAAGCGCGCUUUGCCUCUCCGGUAAAACCAGGCGACAAACUUACUACUGAGAUAUGGCGGAUGGGCAGGCUGGGAGGCGGAGAUGAGGAGAUUCGUUUUAUUGUGAGAAACGACCAGGGUAAGGUGGUACUCAGCAAUGGCCGUUGUCUGUUGAAAGCUACCGACUCGAAGGCCAAGCUGUAGUUGCAGUUCCAUAGGUUGACUAGAAAAAACCUUUAUAUCACAUGUGUAGAUUGUCAG